AUGCAAUUCUCAAUCCUUCAGGUUUUCACCAUUCUCGCCUUGAGCACCUCGGUGCUCGGCGUCCCAACAAGCCAGCACGGAAGUAGCAUCGUGCAUGCCGGCAGCAGCAACAUACAGUCUGCCACUACCGCAGGGGCUCCUGCUUCCGCUUCACAGGACUCUGGUGAAGCCUGCUUUCCUGUGAAGGAGGGGGAGGAGGUUGGAGACAAAGCGGGCAGCAGCACCAAGAAGCUAAAAGAGUGGACCAAGCUUGGCUACAAUUGUCGCUAUUACCUUCUCGAUAGAAUCUUUUUCAUGAAAUAUGACACGAACAAGGCAAAGGACAGGGAUUAUUGGGAUUGGAGGACGCCAAAGGCAAAGGGAAAGACGGCUGAAAAACUCACUGUCUCAGACGGACCGAUCCACCGCACGCAGGGGAUGACGUUGAUAUGCUGCGGAAAAGGGUUAUCAGUCGCUUUCCGGGAUGAAAAGCAGCCGCAGUCGCAAUAG